AUCAUAAGAAAAAUGGGUGGCAGGACCUUGGGUAUCAUUUUACAUCUUUCUCAUGAUAAGUUUCAGAACAGCGCUGACACGUGGUUCAGGAUGACAGAGGCCCGGAGCUCCUCCGCCCGCAGCACUCUCGGUGCCCACAGUGGGUGCUGAUGUACAAAAAUGGCAUCCUUGCAUGGCUGCAAAACCCACAACGCUACGUGGCAGUUCCUGCUGCACAGGGAUGAGAAGCUCUGCCCUCACGUUCGGAGCAGGUCUCCCUCCUCUUACACCCAGCUCCCUGCGGGAGCAGCCUCAUUAGUGAGCAAGGUGCUUGCCUCAUAGCUCAGUGCAGGGAGCCAGAAUAAAACAAACACGACACAGCACUUCUGCGUUUCUUUCUUAGGGAGGCAUCACCAGGUAGCUUCACCAGGCUGCAUGCCCACCCCUGCAGUGGAGAAAGAGGAGAGGAGGCUGGCUGACAUCCCUCCAUCAGAGAAGACAGUCUGUGGGUCACCCACCACAGUGCCCGCACAGCCGCCGGCUCACCUCGUGCAGGGCCGUUGUAGGGUCGCUGUAGGCAGUGGUCUUUCACCACGCACACAGUCAGCAUCUCAGUCAUGUUUCCUCAAAGCAGUGUGCUUUUGAAACCUGGGGCCCCCUCUUGUUUCCUUUGUGGACACAGGUGCCUUCUCUUCACUCCUAUUAUAAGAAAACCAGUGCAGGUGUGGUGAUCCCAGCAGCUGAGACCCUGCCAAGGUUGCGGUGACCUUGGUAAAGUGGGGGUGGGGGUGGGGGUGACCCACGUGUGAGUGUUGCAUCCAAAGUGGCAGUGAUGUGAAGCCAGCCCAGGGUUGCAGGGCCUGAUAACGUUUUCAAAGCUGUGAACUCAGAUUUUUGUGCAAAUUCUAUCUCAUUGUUACAUACUGACUAGCAGUUAUGUAAAAGUAUUUUUUGAUCCUAAAAUGGAUCGCUGUAGCGUGGAGCAGGUAAGCUCCGAGUGGCCUGUGGGCUGUGAUUUGUAGUUUCUGCAUCUCAUCCUGGUGGCUUGGACUUGGAACCCCCUCGUGUGAUGGUAAGAAACGGAGACAGAGUGUUGACUCAGUGGCUGCUGGGAAGCAGGCCCUCACAUUACAGAAGGCACCUGUACAUUGCACUGUGUGAAUUAGCACGCGAGCCUGUGAGCCUGAGAGAGUGGAGUUGAACCGUGUCGGAUAGCAGGACCCGGGAAACUGAGCUCCAGACUCUGUCCUGUCCCCAUUCCGUCGUGACGGUCCCGCAAACGUGGGAGCCAGCUGCCUGCUCAGGCCGCUGUGUCUGUGUCCUGGGUACGUGGGACUUGCGGAGCCCCCGGGCUCCGAGGAGUGACGCUGCCCCAUGUCCCCGUAGGAGGACUGUCAGUGAUGCCGGCUGUGCACACCUUCUCCCUCUUUGCGGGGAUGGCGGUCUUCAUCGACUUCCUCCUUCAGAUCACCUGUUUCGUGAGUCUCUUGGGCUUGGACAUCAAGCGUCAGGAGAAAAACCGGCUGGACAUCCUCUGCUGUGUCAGAGGUGCUGAUGAUGGGAGAGGCAUGCAGGCCUCCGAAGGCUGCCUGUUCCGCUUCUUCAGGAACUCCUUUUCCCCACUUCUGCUGAAAGACUGGAUGCGGCCGCUCGUGGUAUGAACCGAUCUGGGGCUU